AAUUCCUAUUAGACAUGAAUAUAAAUUAAACUAAAAAAAUACACAUAGGGAAUACUGGAGUAGACAGGGACGUAGAAUUGAUGCGGUUAAGAGUUGGUGCAUUUGAUGUAGUCAGACAGCAAAUGAGAACCCAAAUCAAAUCCCGUAGAGAGUGAGCAAGCCUUGACCACACAAAUAAUUGAACCGAAUGUAUGCAUGCAUGUUGGAACUGAAAACCGGGAACACGAACAACCUUAAAUUAAUGUAAAUGAUCACAUGAUAGGAAAUGGCAAAAAAUAUGCAGCCUGAGUGAAACAAAUCCACUACUAGCUUUACACAAGCAGGUACUACAUACUUACUAACAAUCUAAUAUAUCUAUAGUGGUGAAUUCGGACAUUCAAAUUCAUUGCCGCUUCUCUGAUUUAUCUUGUGACGUUGCAGUUUCGAAGGAAUCACGGCGUCCAAAACUACUCAAACACUAACACACUGAAUAGGAGGAAGAUACAAAAGCAAGUAUGAACAGAGAAAGUGAAACACCUCAGAUAUUGAAAAUAGCAAUGAGUGGAGUGACGGAGCUCUUGAGGCUUUUCUCUCCUUCUUCCAAUCAAACAAGACUUGAGAAACACAGAGAUGAAUUCCCAGCUUCAAGCGUCGAUGAUGUUCUAAGGAUCAUCCAGUCUGAUCACCACAACGCUUAUUUCUUAACAGGGAACUUCACUUCUUCAAUUUAUGCUGAGAACUGUAUCUUUGAAGACCCAACUAUUAAAUUUCGUGGUAGGGAGUUAUAUGCGCGCAACUUGAAAUUGCUUGUUCCCUUCUUUGACUGUGGAUCAAUUAUACUACAAAAGAUUGACAAGGUAGAUAACUCUGACACAAAUUUUGUGCUGGCAUCUUGGAAACUAAGGACCAACUUAAACCUUCCUUGGAGGCCUCUAAUUUCAAUCGAUGGAAGCACUGUUUAUGAAUUAAACGAAGAUUGCAAAAUUGUUAGACAUGUUGAGAGUUGGAACAUUUCUGCAGCUGAAGCUGUUUUGCAGAGUUUCUCCUUUAAGUCUAAAAACUCAGGUGGUUGAGACAUUGAGUGUCAUGAAAUUUUUGCAUUCAUGUGUCACUCUCAGUUGGCACUUUCGAAUGGAGUCACUUGGUAAAUUUAACUGACAUAUAUCAUAAUGAUUCUUAAUUUAUGUAGUUGUUAAAGAUGCCAUUUACGCCUAUCAGUUUUUCUGCAUGACUGGCUAAUUUUUCCUCUAGGCACAAGUAUAAC